AUGGCAGGUCAUCAAAUUAUUGGAACCGUACUUCAAGAGGGAUACUCAACAAGAAUGCCGCCGUACUUCAAUAGUCAAUACUAUAGCCAUUGGAAAGAAAGAAUGAAGGCUUAUGCCCAAUCAAUAGAUUAUCGAGCCUGGCUAGUUAUUCAGAAUGGAUCAAGACCUAUUCCGAACAACAGUGAUGGAAAGAAGCUUGUACAAAGGGAAUCCAUAUUUGACUAUACAAAAGAAGAGUUGGAUAUUAUGCAAACAAAUGCUAGAGCAAUCAACAUGCUCUAUUGUGCGAUUAGUGAAGAAGAAUAUGAGAAAAUAUCCACCUGUGAGACUGCUAAAAGUAUAUGGGACAGAUUGGAAAAUAUCCACAGGGACGCCAACAAAGUAAAGGAAAUUGAAUCCACGUCAACUCUUGAAGAAUCCAAAAAUGGUGAAAAUCGAGAAGACGUGGCCGUGAUACCCAGGACGAGAAAAAGGAAGAGUAGAAAGAAGCAGAAUAGAAAAUCUCAAUCCAUCCAGAAUCAUCAAAAGAAUUGGAAGAAUGAGGUUCAACAACAAGAUAACAUAUGCUGCUAUAAAUGUGGUAAACCUGGACAUAUGAAAUUAAAAUGUCCCAGCCUCAAGAAGAAAAAUCAUAGAAUCUCAACUUGGAGCGACGAGGAUGAAUCUGAAGAAGAAAACUAUCACGAAAGAAUGGAGAAUCAAUGUUUCAUGGCAAUGGGAGAAACUAACAAGGUAUGUCACACUCCUAUUACGUAUUGUGAUAACUGUGAUGAAUUGCAGGAUGAUAUAGAAUUGGUUUUCAAGGACUUUAAGAAAGUUCUAAAUGAAUAUCAUAAGUUGAGGAAGGAGAAGAAGAAUUGGGAGAUCCAACUUGAAGAAUAUAAGAAGCUGACACAUGAGAAGAAAGAUUGGGAAAUCCAACUUGAAGAAUAUAAGAAGUUGACACAUGAGAAGAAAGAUUGGGAGAUCCAACUUGAAGAAUACAACAAGUUGAGAAAUGAAAAGAAUGAGUGGGAUAUUCAGCUUAAAGAAUAUCUGGUGGAGAAUAACUUACUUCAAGAAGAAAAUUUUAAGCUUCGCAAACAAAUUAGCAGCUUGCACAAAUCCCCCAGCCACUGCUUUGAUCGAUCAAAGUCGUCUCCUUGGCUUAACAACUAUAAGUCGACUGAAAAGGGAUCUACUGGUAAACGUCCUGCUUUGAACAAGUUGACUGAGGAAAGCUCCAAGUCAACUAAUAAGGCAACUGCAAGUAAACACUCUUAUAUUACAUGCCACUAUUGUGGCAAUUCUGGACAUAAAGUAUUUGCAUGUAAUUAUGCCAAAAGUUAUGUUAGAUCAAAAUAUGUUUGGAGAUCAAAACAGUUACAUGCAUCUCGAAUUAUUCAAUCUACUAACCAUGAAGGACCCAAAAAGAUUUGA